GUCUCGUUUUGGUCUGGUUGGAACGGUGCAAAAAAAGAGGAUGUCUCUCCAGCUGUGUCUCCCUCCCACCUGGAAGCGUUUGCUCCCCGGAAUUCGAAUGCUUCCCCCGCUAUCUCGGUGCAAGUCGGGCGUCAGACCAGCGGCGGGGGUCGCGGCUCUCAACCCCCAGACUGGGCGACCCACCGCGGAUUUGAAAACCAUUCGGGAUCUUCCCGGGCUGGGUCUGUUUUCUAACUUCUGCUGGUACUUCAUGAAAGGAUACAAUUGGAAAACCCAUGAGCUUCAGAUUUUGCAAAAGAAGAUGUUUGGCCCCAUUUGGAAGGCCAAAUUCGGUCCCCUCACUGUCAUCAAUGUGGCCAGCGCUGAUUUGAUUGAGCAGGUUUUGAGACAGGAGGGUAAAUAUCCCUUGCGAGCCUACAUGCCACACUGGCGGGCAUACAGAGAGCUGCGAGGGCAGGCUUACGGACCACUUUGUGAAUAUGGUGAAAACUGGAAACGCCUGCGGACCAUUUUGAACCCCAAGAUGAUGAAGCCAAAAGAAGUGUCCAGUUAUUCUCCCGCCAUCAACGAGGUGGUGACUGACUUUGUGAAGAAGAUUCGGUGGAUGAGAGAAAACCAAGGGGGAGGGGUAAUGGUGAACGAUGUGUCCAGUGAACUGUACAAAUUUGCAUUUGAAGCGAUCUGCAAUGUAUUAUUUGAAACGAGGAUGGGAUGCCUGAAGAAUGAGAUUCCCGAGGAAACGCAGAAGUUCAUCGAGGCUGUCUUUGAGAUGUUCCGCCUCUCUGCAAUUCUCUCCUUCUUCCCAACGGCAGUGAUGCCAUUUCUGUCUCAGUGGAAACAAUUUGUAGCAGCGUGGGACUCUCUCUUUUACAUCACUGAGAAGCUGGUGAACAAGAAAAUCAGAGAGAUACACGAGAGCAUUGAGAAAGGCUGUUCAGUGGAAGGACAGUACCUCACAUUCCUGUUGACCAGUACCAAGAUGACUCCUGUGGAUAUAUAUGGCAGUCUAUGUGAGCUGCUGCUAGCUGCGGUGGACACCACCUCCAACACAACCUCCUGGAUCCUGUACAAUCUGGCCAGGGAGCCAUCCAUUCAGCAGGACCUCUAUGAAGAAGUGACCAGUGUUUGCCCUGGAGACCAAAUUCCAGGAGUGGAAGAUUUUGCCAGCAUGCCCCUGUUAAAAGCAGUGGUCAAAGAGACUCUUCGGAUGUAUCCUGUCGUAUCCAGCAAUGCUCGAGUCACAGAGGAGAAGGAAGUGGUGGUUGGAGAAUAUAUUCUCCCUAAGAACAGCCUCUUCCACCUGUGCCACUAUGCUGUGUCUCAGGAUGACAACGAGUUCACUCAGCCCAGUAGCUUCAAGCCGCACCGCUGGCUCCGCAGUGAGGGAGAGAAGCAGCACCACCCCUUUGCCUCCAUUCCUUUUGGGUUUGGCACCCGCACCUGCCUGGGGAAGAGGGUGGCAGAGCUGGAAAUGUACAGUGUGACCUUGCAACUAAUCAAACUCUUCGAAAUCAGGCCAGACCCUUCUGGAAAUGUGGUUAAGCCGAAAACUAGGACACUGCUUUUCCCCGGAAGCCCCAUUAACUUGCAGUUCAUCGACAGGAAGUGAACAAAUGACUGACCGUCUGCCUGCCCAGCCCUGCUCUUUAACACCAGCUGACGAGAUCUGCCCCAUUAAUACCACCAGACUGUCCUUCUCCAGAGACAAGGAAUCACCCUUGGGCAAAUUGGCAAAUACAUCAAGGGUGGGGAGGGGCACGAUAAAUUCCCACAAGGAUUUCUCUGCUCAUUCCUGCCCUCCUAACCUUCCUAGAGUCUCACACCACAGGAGGCCAUUUGACCCAUCGUACAUUUGGCACCACUCCUUUCCCCUGGGGCUUGUGUUGAAACUGCAGUAGUCACGUAGGAAAAAAAUGGUAAUAAUCACCCUCCUCACCCCACUCCACAUAAUGUGGCCGACAUGACUUUCUGAUUGCCAGUCUGUGCGUGACCAAUUAGAACUUUUAUGGUUGUGGUGAGCCUAUGAGUUUGAACUGAAUUGACUGACUUACCACAUUUCCCAUCCCCACCACUUAUAACAUCCCAAAUUGGCUGGAACACCUGACAAAUUUGUACGAGCAUCAGCUUCAAAGCUGCUGGUCACUCCAUUCUGCCUGCUCUGGGCAGAAAUAGCUGUUCUCACUCACCUGUCAAAGACAGAUACUUUCUCUAGGUCUUAAAGGAACAGGAGGCCAUUCAGCCUGGUUAAGCCUGUACAACCAUUCAGUGGGAUCAUAGCUGCUCUGUUUCUUAACUCCGUCUAUCCAACUUGGCCAGGACAGCAUAACGUAUGCGUCUUGUGUCACACAGAUUGCAAUACAAUGAGAGCUACACUCAGGCUGUUUUACCUGUUGUAGAGUUCAGAAAGGGGAUCAAGAAAUUGAUCAGUAAAAAGAGAAUAUGUGAGCAAAUUAGCACGAGAUGUAAAAACACAUCAGUGUAUACAAAAGGAAGAGUUUAGCAAAAGUAAACCUGGGGCACUUAGAGACAGAGGCAGGAGAAAUUAUAACAGCGAAUAAGGAAUUGUCAGAGACAUUAAACAAAACCUUUGUAUCUGUCUUCACAAUAGCAGACACAAAAAAACCAUUCCAAAAAAAUACCAAAUGUCAAGAGAACUUAAUACACAAGGUCCUCAUCUUUGCAGACAGGAAGACCAUGUACAUACAUUGCGCCUCGUUUCAACUAAACAAAAACAGGUGACAGCCAUUCUCUGCUUUGUUGCCGGAGGUCACCGGUAAUUUAGUUGGCUUAGUACAAAGAGGAGAGGAGUCAAUUCUCUCAACUCUAAAUUCGCUUUAUUCACAUCAUUAGAUCAUCAACAUAUAGAUUAUACAUCUGGUUAAAUAUAGACACGCAGUUUACAGCAGGUUUAAAGUUUUAUACCCAAAACCUGGAUCUAAACGCACACCCACUAGGUUUCUCUGACACUCCUUGAGUGGUCACAGAAUAUAAAAGCUAAUACCCGAAAAGGAGAGCUGAUGUUGGCCAGGCGUUCCAUUCUCUCUCUCUCUCUUGCGUCUCUACGUUGCUGAUGUAGGUUCUUUCACUUCUGCGAUGGUUGGUCUCCAGAGUUCUUGCUGCUACCAUGCCCGAAAUCCUCCAGUCUUAUACUGAAUCUUAUCUCUUCAAGCUGUGCUGUCUCUCUCCCGUUGGUUUAGGCCUGCUUGCCUAGUUUGUGGCAUAUUCUCAUUGGCUCUGUUCCAAGACUUAGGUAGCAUUAACCUUGUUACCCUUUUCUAAAUAAGGACUUGUGUCUCAUCACACUUCCUUUGUCUUUGCUAAUUCAAACUGGUUCCAGCCAGUGACUGGUUACUUCAGUCCAAAAGUUGCUCAGGAGUUUCUCUGCAGGCCCUGGCCAACAUCUCCCCCCUUUUAAUCCAAAGAUACUUAUCUUAGGAUCAUUAUUCUCCCUUUCUGUGUACCACUCCUGAGGUUGUCAUUGUCCCCCAAUGGGUAUGUUACAUCUGCGAUAUCAUAUGGUUAUAUAAAAAUAUAAAAGAGAAGCGUAUAUAAAAUAUAUUUCACACAAUGUCCUUGUAUUGAUAAUCAUUUCCUCUGUUUCACUAUAGGACUAACAAUCAGUGUAAAAUUUCAAUUUUCCACCUUCUGAUAUAUAAGCUGAUGUAUGUUGAAUAUGACAAGUAUUA